UGCUCAGACACUGAAGUUCCAGACAAUUCUAUAUUAUGUUUUGUCCGUCUUACAGAGACACUAGUUCUUGUGCCAAUAUUCUGGGCAAGUGUUUCUUUUGAGUGCUUUUCGAGACUUUUAUCCUAAAAAAAGGACGGAUUGAAAAAGCCUGGUUUUUAUUUUGUUUCGUGAAACAGAAGGCAGAUACGUACGAGUAUUGUCGUCAGUCGACGGGAUGCAGUUCAAACUGCAGGCUUCAAGCAACUAGAUACUUUGAAAAAUCUCGAGUUAACAUUCCGCGAGUGGUUCACUCAGUAAGUGACGAGCCUUGGGCAUUGAUUGACCUCUGAUACUGACUACCAGCAAAGUUUAUUCCUUCAAGCAAUCCAUCUUACAGAAUAGAAACAAAUCAGGUCUACAAAUCUUCCGAAAAAUCUUCAUUGCUUUGUGAAUUCUCGGGGUCUUCUGCAAAAUCCUUGGACAAAGGUACUGGAGCGAGUUGAUAUCAGAUUUAUCGUCCGAUUGAAAAGAGUUUAAGGUGCCAACUGUGUUCCAUGCUGCUGGGAGAUGAAACGAUUUUUUAGCCAUGGUUGGAGAUUGCGAGUAUUUUUACUUCUUAUGACAGUGAGUACCGUGUUUCUUAUAACCUCCCCAAAAGACGUCGUUUGGUUAACCGAGCAAGGACCUCGCUUACCAAACUACAUUCCACCGGACAUAACAGCAAACAGCAUUGAAUUAGGCGGCGAUGAAUCCGUGAGACCGCAAAAAAAGUCACCUAAACUCGGUCGGGAACUGAGCUCAUUCGGCAACGACAAAGACUUUUCAGAGCUACAAAAGAAGCAAAAGGUGCAUCUUUGUGGUUCAGAAUGGCAAGAAGAUUAUGCGCAGCUUCACGAUGACAUUUUAAACAAUCGUAAACCCCCAAAAUAUCUUAUAUACUCUUGUGGGGGAAAGAAAUAUGGUUGUGGCGGGUAUGGAAACCGGCUUGGAGCCAUAACUUCUCUGUUUUAUCUAGCUGUUAUAACAGGGCGUGCAUUCCUAAUAGACUGGAACAGCACGGUUCCCAUUACGGACUAUCUUCAACCCAAGAAUAUCCGAUGGAAUUACCCGACUACAAAACUUAAACAUCUAAAGAGGAGCUAUCAUUACUGGGGUAAAGGAGAUCACGAAAAAGUGAUCAAAGAAUCACAAAGAUCUGCAGAAGUAUACGAUCUCUUUCGCAAAUGGAUCGAGGGUACAGACUUAAACAAGUAUUUAAACUCUCCUGUGGAGGUUGUAACAAGCUUAUGGUACUUUGCGUCAAGUUUUCGAGAGUAUAAGUUUGCUGGAUCCCUGGCUGAAAAACUCGGUGCAAACGCACGAGGCCAUCGCUUCUCUCUAGUGGGUUGUGCGUUUGAUUUUUUAUUUAAAAGGACGCCUGACUUUGAAAAAACGUUGUCCGCUGCUCGUGAAUCGCUUCAUUUCAAAGCAGAUGCACCACGAAUUGGUAUUCAUAUUAGAAUGGGAGAUACAUCAUUGUUGCCAAGAUCUUUGGAUCAAAGAACCACUAACUCUAACAGCUUUUUUACAUGUGCGAAGAAGUUGGAGAGUGAAAUCAUAAAAUCGAACAGAAAAAUCCACCGUAAGGAUAUUAAGUGGUUUUUGGCCACAGACAGCACUGAGGUGAAGAAAUACGCGUUGCAGACGUAUCCUAACAAAGUUGUUUCUCUCGCGGUGAAAGUGGAGCACAUGAAUGUCCGUAACCCCUCCACGGAGGGGAUGACUGGAGUUCUUCUUGACCACACCCUACUGUCUGAGAGUGAUUUUCUCGUGCUGUCAGAGAGCAGCUUCAGCAAAACGGCUCUUGGGAUGAAUUUUCAUUCGCUAGUGCAAAGUACAUUCGGUGAAAAGUGUCGGUAUAAAACAAGAUAGCACCUAGUCUCAUACCCAGACCUUUCACGGCCAAGCCGGGUUCAAGAUAAAGGCCUACCUAUUGACAUGAAAACAGCAGCUCACUAAAAGCAAUCGCAGUCACUCCAACAAAAAAAGUCGCAUCCAUCUGCUGCUCAAAGAGAGCCAUGUCGAACAACCACCGUUCAUGCCGUAAAUUAGAGGAGACUGCUCCCGUUUAUUUUGAAAUGGUGAUAGUUCUUCAGAAUACCUGUUCAUGGACAAUAGAAAAGAAAAAAGAAAAGAAAUUUCCUGAUAAAGGACACUGAAAAUCACUUGCUGGUAGGUGGUUCUGCACUGAAGUAUAGAAGGAAAUGUUACGUCUGUGGUAAGGUUAAUCGCUAAAAGUAAUGGAAGAAGAAAUCUCGAAGAAAAAGACCUAAUGGCUGAUUGUAAUAAUUCAGAUCUGAACAAUGGUUGGG